AUGUUUUGCUCAUUCUGUGGCAAAGAAAACCCUCAGGGUGCAAAAUUUUGCUGCAACUGUGGCAAAGAUACACAAGAGCCAAGGCCAGGACCAAGUGGAGUCUCAAACGAGCAGUUUGGGAUGAAGUCUUAUGUAAAUUUUAAAACGACCUUUGGUCGGCCAAGCAAGGCCACACUUGUGGGCAAAGGAAAGAAGAGAAAAGUAGAAGAGGACCCUGCCAAGGAAGUUGUCAUUAGCAUAGGGCUAAAAGUCUGGGAUGAGGAUGAGGAAGAGCUGAAAGAGAAGAAGAGGAAAAGACUCCCCUUGAAAGUACCACAGAAUGCCACCUAUGCUCUCUUACUCGAAAAGGCUAAGGAAAAAUGGCAGAAUUUUAGAAAUGAUUUAUAUGACCCAGAGAGUGAAUAUGGCCUGGUGCUAGAAGACAACCAACAUGCCCAGUUCAUUCCAGGGACUGGCAAGAAAGUUUUUUUUUCCUUGAAUUUAUACAAGGAAGAGCUGGUAACAGACUACAAGAGAGUAACCAUAUAUUUAUGCGAACAAGUUUGGCUCACAGGCCAAAAGCAUCAAGAAAAGGGCCUGUCUAUUACUGUGAGGUUCGACCACUGUUGUAAAGAACGAUACCCCAAGCACACUGUGUGCUAUCCUCUAGUGGGUGCCUGUGGGAAGGAGGUUACAUUUCUGGUUGCACACAUGCUAACCAGUGAAUCAUUCAAGGAUAUCUUACUGACUGGCUGCUGUAAAGGGCAAUCCUUUUCAAGAGCAUAG